GCCGGUGCACCUGCAAAGCUGUGAUCUGUGCCACUCGCAGAACGAGGGCGGCUCAGCGACGCAGGUUCUCCCAGGAGGUCCAUCAGUUCAGCCGGUGGUUUCCAUGCAGCAGCACGCCACCUCUCAAUAUAACAAGCACCGUGACCUUUGCCAUGAGAAACAACCUGUCCUGAAGGUCCUCUCACUCAAUGCAAGGCUUUCCUCAUUACAUUGCCCCAAUGGACCCUCAGGUGUGUCCGCCACCUCUGAGCAGCAGCCAAUCGGUGAUAAGCGGCCAUGACAAAUCCCCAGCCAGCACAUUUAAACCUGGCCACUCAAGGAACAGCAGCACCGGCUCCUCCAAACAAUUAAAACAGUCUCGUCACUGGGAGGUGAUGGAGGACUUGGAGAAUCUGGAUAUGUAUUCAGUUCCCAGCUCCUCUCUGGACCUCAGUAUCCCUGGGAUCUGUGAAGGCUACUUGAUGAAGAAGAGGAAGUACCCACUCAAAGGCUGGCACAAGAGAUACUUCAUAUUGGAGAAAGGAAAUCUCAAGUACUCAAAGACGCAGCAAGAUAUUCAGAGAGGGAAGCUCCAUGGCUCUCUGGACGUCAGCCUGGCGGUCAUGUCCAUCAACAAGAAGGCCAAAGGCAUAGACCUGGAUGCUGGAGAUAACCUCUACCACCUCAAGGCAAAGAGCCAUGACAUCUUCUACAUCUGGUUGACCAAGCUGUGUGCCCAUCGUGUAUUUAGGAAAAACGAGGCAAUGAGUGUCCAUCAUGGCGUCCUUCACGCUCUCUCCAUGGGCCCGAGCAACCUGCCAACCAUGGCUAAUCUCGCCCAGACAAACAGAGCAACGCCUCCUCACUAUGCCAGCUCAGCAUCUGUGUAUCAUCCAGAGAUGGGAAGCCCCGCCCCUGCCGUCGACUCCCAUCCAGGGGUGACCAGCAAGGUGUCAGCGUGGCUUCAGCAGACCCACGACAUUGAUGCAACUUCGAACGACCUGGCUCGCUGUCAGGCGGAGCUGACAGAGCUGGCCCAGCUCAUCCAGAGACUCCAUUGGCUGGAAGGUGGCCUGCCGAUCACAAACACAGACCUGGAGAUGCGAAUCAGCAUGCAGAAUCUGUCCCUGGAGAAACCCAAGAGGAGGACGGGGAAAGGGUUUGGUCACUCCAGGACUCUGUCCCGCGUCGAAGCCAUGGGGGGAAUGUUCACUUCCAGUCACCUGAGUACUAACGGCAGCACCGGUGUGGGGGCGUCUGUUCAGUCCAUCCCUGACUAUGUUUACUCUCAGCUGUCCAACCCCCAGGUCACAUCACCUGAGGCCAAGAAGCUUCACCAGGACAUCUGCACCUCUUCUCAGAGGGUUCACGCAUCUCUCAAGUCAGUUCAUGAGAUUUUGACCAUGGAGAGAGAGAGACUGAGGCAGGCCUGGACUGGCCCGGACCUGAGGCACAACACCUCCCAGCAGCUUGCUACACUCUGCAGCACAAUGUCUGAGCUUGACAUACAGUCCCGUCUGACCAAAGUCCAUUCACUUUCCCUGUCCUCUGACUCUACUGAGGAAUCCUUCUGCACCGUCCGUCCUGACCAGAGGACACCGUCUAUGGGUCGUCAAUGUCAUCGUGCGCCCUCAGUGGCAGAAUCCAUGGCAGAGUAUUUUGAUGCCAGUGAGGUGAUCAUUUGCGAGAGCUCAUCAGAGGCAGAGGCUUCGGAUGAGUCGGGCCUGAGUGACAUCACCACCACCAGCAACUCAGAGCCUGAAGAGGGACACACCACUGCUACCCUCAACUACCGGGCCAGUCUGAUCAACGCUCCUGACAAUCCCAGCCCAGUCCUCACUAAUACUGGACGUCGCACUGCCAUCCUCUUCCCAGGAGCAGACAACAGCCACAUUGGCAUCAUGAACAUCCUGUACAACAACAUCGGCAAGGACCUGUCCAGAAUCUCCAUGCCAGUCGCUCUCAAUGAGCCUCUGUCUUUGCUGCAGAGACUUAGUGAAGAGCUGGAGUACUCGGAGCUGCUGGACAUCGCCAACCGCAUUGAUGAUCCAUAUGAGAGAAUGGUUUACGUGGCAGUAUUCUCCAUUUCUGGAUACGCCUGGGCUUCAUGGAGGAAUCACUACAAACCCUUCAAUCCUGUUCUGGGAGAAACAUACGAGAGUCACAGAGAAGACCGAGGCUUCCACUACAUCAGUGAGCAGGUCUGCCAUCACCCGCCCAUGUCUGCCUGCCAUGCAGAGUCAGAAAACUUCACUUUCUGGCAAGAUCAGAGAUGGAAGAACAAGUUUUGGGGAAAGUCAAUGGAGAUCCUCUCGUCUGGACUGGUCAAUGUUUCCCUGCCCAGGUACGGUGAUCACUAUGAAUGGAACAAGGUAGUUACAUGUAUCCACAACGUGCUGAGUCAGGACCGCUGGUUGGAGCACUAUGGGGAGGUGGUAAUCAAAAACACAAAGAGCGACUCCUGCACCUGCAAAAUCACCUUUGUCAAGUCCCGCUACUGGAGCUCAGACAACAGUAAGAAUGAGGUGCAGGGUGUGGUUCUGGACCGGACUGGAGAGGUGGUUCAUCGUUUCGGAGGCCUUUGGCAUGAGGGCAUUUUCUGUGAUACCCUGUCUACACCAAAGUGCAUCUGGAAGCCCAAUGUGCAGCCUGAUGACCACGCCCAGUUCUACGGCUUCUCGCGUUACGCCAGAGAACUAAACGAAUUGACUCCAGAGCUGAAGGCAGUCCUCCCACCUACAGACGCACGCUUCAGACCAGACCAGAGGCUGCUGGAGGAGGGGAAGGUAGCGGAAGCAGAUAAAAAGAAGGAUGAGGUGGAGGAGAAGCAGAGGGAGAGGAGGAAGGAGAUGGCCAAGAGUGGGGAGGAGCACAGUUCCAGGUUCUUUAGCAAAUCUGUGGAUGAGGAAGGCAGAGAGGUGUGGCGCUGCAAUGAUUCCUACUGGAAGCUCCGCAGAGACCCAGGCUUCACCCGGACCGAGAACCUGGACCUGUGGUAGAACACGGCACCUAGCUCAAUGCUCGCCAGGUGCUAAACACAUUGUAAUAUGAUGAAAAGGAAAAAUGCGGCUCUUAAUUAGUCAAAAUGAUGAAUUGUUAGUAUGCAUAAAUAUAAUAUAUUGACGUGCCAACAAAGAUCCAGAGGCCGGCUGCUACAUUACUAAGGCUGUAGAGAAGAAGGGAGUUCGAAGGCACAAAUUAACCUCUUCAUGGCCGGUUGCCCUUCCAGCCUUUGGCCUCCCUCUUAUCAUGAUGGAGACCUUUUUUAUAUAUAAUAAUUCAAAAGCAACUUAACUUGAAAUCUGUUUUUUAAACUUUUUAAUGCAGACCUUGAGAAAUCAGUGUCAGGAUUGAAGCCUCUUUCUCUGUAAAAUGUUUUGUAUCAUAUUGUUGGGACAAAUGUCAGAUAAUGGUAUACUUUGUCAAUACGAAUAAUUUUUGUAAGGCUCAUUUUGAUCGUCAUGAGUUCAGAAAUAAAUAUUUGUAAAAGCUGGCUUCCUGCAGAGGGACCAGGACACGGGCCUCAUCUGGUCCUUGUGGGGUGUGUUACAGGUGAACUGGUGCUGUCCUGCUUUCUUUCUCGGAGUCUUACUGUAUAAACUUUUGUUUUGUAAAAUUGGUGUGUAUGAUAUUUUCUGACGUUAAUCUCAACACAUUGGUGAUUCAUUGUUUUUCUAAAGUGUCCUUUUGCUGAUUUAAAUCUAGCAGUCCUGGUAUCUAGCCUUGUUCCCCUCUCGCCUGUAUGAUUUGUUGAUGUCCAAAAUAAACUGACGGCCGAGAAAUGCGCCUUGGCCGUUACGCUCUGUUGAUGCAGUGAAGUAUAUUUUAUAUUGAGGUUUCAACAAUGGAUUUUAAUAAGGAAAAAGAGACUUCUGUUAAACCCAGUGAAAUGUGUUUUCUUAAUGCUUUUGUUUCAAAUAAAAGGUUCCAUAAUCAAUGUUUUCCUCUUUAA